AUGAGGUCGAAGACCGCGCCGGAGGACUCGCUGGAGCCCACAUGCCAUUUCGAGUUCUUCGACUGCCUCUUCGCGAGGGACGAUGAGAAAGAGUUGGAGAAACAGACACCGGCAUCUGGCGUGGAACGAGAAAUGCGCAUCAUGUAUCAACAACCUCACCUUGUCCCACCCAUGAAGCUCACCUUAUUCGACGGACUUCCCCCAACUCCCACACCGCCACUACCUUCACAACUAUCGCAAUGGGUCUCUCACGGCAAAGCCUCCCUCAGAUCAAGCCUGUCGAUCCGGAGACACGCUUCAAAGCCCAUAAUCUCUGGCCCGCAGCCUCCGCUGCCUUCGGCGCAACAGCUUCCUCUCCGACGAGCGGCGCAGGAGUUUCGUCCACUCGAGCUCAGUAUCUACAUGCCUAAUAAUCGACUGUCGGACCUGCCAGCUUUUGAUCGGCUGAGCUUUACAGACGGUGGUGACAUCAAAAUCCCACCUCGAGCACUGGUGCGAACCAAGUCUGAAGAGUUCCUUGCACACAAGGUCUCUCUGCUGCCCGCCCCGGUAAAGCCUGUCUCGAUGAUUGAACAACGCCGCAUGUCCCACGUACGACCUGACACAUCGUCAACCGUCAUAUCCAUGUCUCGACCGCCCUCGGAGUACGAUGCUCUCCACUCCCACCCUGUUUCGUGGUCGUCUUUCCCCGGUCUACCUCCACAGAUCCACUUUCCUGGUGUUCGCUCAGAAGCAUCUGUGGCCAUCUUAACCCCAAUGCAAGAGGAGUUCAGCCCUCCUGCGACCUCGGUCACGAUUGGUGAUACCGUGCUUGACUUCCCCCGAGCCGUUGAGACUUCAGCAGAGCAACAGGACGUUGUACCCCCUGAAGCUCCAGCACCGCCGCCAAUCGUGCCUUCCGCACCUGCCAGGAACUUCUCCAAGCCAGCUGAUAUGAAUUCGCCUUCAGGCUACUUCCAUCCCAACUAUCAGACACAAAAGCGAAUCUCUCAGUGGCUGGCACACCGCAGCCAUUCUUCCUCCAUCAGCACCACUAAAUCAUCAUCGACGUCGUCCUCCUUUGCAGAGCAUCGUCGCAAGCGAACUCAAUUCUAUCAACUCUCCGCGCCAGCGGCAGCACCACCCAAACCGUUGAGUCUCUGGCCACGCCAACAUCACAGAACAGUGACGGAGUCCACCGUAGCCAGUACCAUCGACACUGAAAUUCUCUCCUAUGGCAACCAGAGCCAGACAGACGCCACCAGUGUCACCACCACGGCAGUCGGGGAUUGGCAAAGUCGAAGUGGCACGGUGAAGAGUGUCUCCAAGGGAGGGACUCUAAGGCCCAUUGUCAGCGGUGUUCCUGAUGUACCGCCUUGCUAUGCGGAGAUCAUCAAGGACGCGGACGACAUCAUUAUCAAAGAAAUUGGUGGACCCUUGAGAAGUCCAGGUGUGGGAGUUGCUUUCUGA